AUGACCGGUGCUGAUUGCGAUUUAGGAGUGAACCAGAUGGAAAUUGAAUUGAUCGUCAACUUUAACAAGUACUUUACUGGAUUUCUGGUGGAAGUGCCAACGAACAGGAUAUCAGAAUCGACGAGGGAGACGCUGAUGGGAAAUAUCAGAUCCAGCAACAAAAACAAACUCUUUUAUGUACGUCCCUUCCGCGAACUGUCAGCAAGACGUUGUGGGGUCGACAAAAUACAAAGAGUCUUCACGUCAAAUGCUGGGCAACAGGCGUACUGUUCAGUACCAUGGUGCGAUGAUGUCAUGAUAAAUCUUUUCAUACACAAGCUAUUUGUAACGUUUUGUUGUUGCGAUAUUUUGCUAGAAAUAUACAAUUUAAAGAUGUGCUUAACUAUUUCUGCGCACCAAGGAAAUCCCAAAUAA